AUGGGUCUUUCAGUUCAAGAGAUGUGUCAUCAAGACGACCAAGUCGAAUUGCUUCUCGAGGCUAUUGACUCGGCGUCCCGCCGGACACUCCAGUCAGUGCUCAAGACAGUGUGUCUAAGUGAUCAACCCACCAGGGACCGAGUCUCCAAGUCCCUUCUCAUUACCGAAGACCAAGUCCGCCCAGCUUCACCUUCCUCUGAAGAAGAUGAUGACGAGGAGAGUAUGAAUUCAGACGAUGAGCAAUCCGAGGACGAGAAACCACCCCUCAAAGAGAGGCACUCGAACCAGCAAACGCCAGGCUCCAAGCGACUUCGACCGCGUUAUGCUUAUUGCGAAAACUGCGAACAGGAGUUUGACGUCACGCAAAAUACAAGCACCAGCUGCAAAUACCAUACAGAUAGCUGCUACCCGAAUGGAGACUGCUUCGUGAAUGAUGAUUGCUACUAUGACGGCGGAUAUGACAAUGGGGAGAUGCUCGAGGAGUUCCCAGAGCGUUAUAUCUAUGAAUGUUGUGAUAGACGUGGACAUGAGGAGGGCUGCACCGCGGAGAGACAUAGCGAGCGCGUGUCUCUUAAACGACAAAAGGUUAAGUGA